AUGUGCCUCCGUGCGUUCCGCCUCUCGUACGUUCUGCCUCCUGUGAUCCAGGACGAUCAGCGCCGUGGACAAGGACGAACCUUUGAGCGGUCAUCGCUUUAUUUCGCUCAUCCUCGCAGUGCACCUGUUGCCGGCAAUCUCACUUCACACUGCGGGGACAACAAAGCGGAAGCCCCGCCUCAGCAGUACCAACACACUGUCGGUACGCGCUGUGUGACUGCGGACUCCGACGGCGUGGCCUUGUCUUGUGGAGCCGUGGCCUACACAUCCACCGGCCUCAGCACCGGUGCCCUUCUGGCUAUUUUGGGAUGUAUCAUCACACUUCUAGAGGAUCCAGCCCAAAUUGGGAAAGGCAUCACUGUCAUCACGGUGCUGGACAUAAACGAUAACGCCCCAGUCUUUGCCAUAGACUAUGAAACUCUCCUCUGUGAACACACCAUGCCAGGACAGGUGAUCCAGACGAUCAGCGCCGUGGACAAGGACGAACCUUUGAGCGGUCAUCGCUUUUAUUUCGCUCUCGCUGCACCUGUUGCCGGCAAUCUCAACUUCACACUGCGGGACAACAAAGACAACACAGCGUCCAUACUGACGAAGCGAGGUGGCUUCCGGAGGCGGGAGCAGCCGGUGUAUCGACUGCCGGUGCUGAUUGUGGACAGCGGAAGCCCCGCCCUCAGCAGUACCAACACACUGUCGGUACGCGUGUGUGACUGCGACUCCGACGGCGUGGCCUUGUCUUGUGGAGCCGUGGCCUACACAUCCACCGGCCUCAGCACCGGUGCCCUUCUGGCUAUUUUGGGAUGUAUCAUCACACUUCUAGUGAUGGUUCUGCUAAUUGUGACGAUGCGUCGGAGGAGGAAGGAGCCCCUGAUUCUGGAGGAGGAGAGGGACAUCAGAGAGAACAUCGUCCGCUACGACGACGAAGGCGGGGGAGAGGAGGACACGGAAGCCUUCGACAUGGUCACCCUCCGCAACCUCAACGUCAUCAGAGACCCCAACGUGCGGCGCGAUGUCACCCCCGAUACUCCCACUUUCUUUCAUUACCCAUCAGCCGCCCGCCCGUCCUAUAAAUCCCUCCCAGACAACGUAGUGUUUCGAGAGUUUAUUUGGGAGCGGCUUAAGGAUGCCGACGUGGACCCGUCAGCUCCCCCGUACGACUCCCUGCAGACAUAUGCGUUUGAAGGCAGCGGCUCGGUAGCGGAGUCGCUAAGCUCACUGGAGUCACUAAGUACAGACUCAGAUCAGAACUAUGACUACCUCAGCAACUGGGGGCCACGCUUCAAAAAGCUGGCCGACCUGUACGGCAACAGCGACGGCACCAGUGUGUUCUCAUAGCCCCUAAAUUGUCUUUCUUAACAUUUCUCGGACUCUGUGAAAAAAUAAGAGUAAUUUAUUGUCAACAGAGAAAAUGAUUUUGUCUGCCUUAGUGCAUUGGAGGGAAAAGAUUCAAAGACAACACAGGAGAUAUUGAAAGAAAAAGACUUUGACUUCAAAGGUUUUGGUUUGUUUACCUCCUUGUAUGGAUUUUCAAAAGCGUGCCAUGGUGAGUUUUGACACAGACUUCAAAAGUGGCUUGACUGAGGAGGAAACCUUGUGUGCAAAAGACAUUAAAGGUUUCAGAUUUAGGCUCCAGUCCAACCAUUGACUGCCGUAUGCAUAUGUGUUGGAGCAAUUUUUUCGGGAGGCACCUGUCCUUUCAUUCCAGCGAUGGGCAUAGGCCCAGCAUCUUGCUUUGAUGCAUUCCUUUGCUAUCUUUGUGCUAAAAACAUAAAAGUUUCUCAUGAAAUGCUGUGUCUCUGGCGGCUAAUCAGUAGUCACUUGACUGUUCAUAUGAAAUUUAACAACAAUUUCAGUGUCUUUUGUUCCCCUCUUCUUGUUUCUCUUUCUUUUCGGUUGCAGUUGCAGGAUGAUAACAGGCUUGGCAGGGGGGUGGGUGGGUGGGUUCGUGGUAAAAACACUGAGCCACAUUAUUCACGGACUCAACCAUACCUCUCAACACCAUAUGAAAAGUGCAACUAUACGUACAGUAUAAACAAGUAGUUGAUGUGCUAAAGAUGUGAUGUGAAGACACAAGUUGUGCAAACUAUAAAAGAAUGGUACUCCUGUCAGCUUGAUCUCUCCUCUGGGUGAAACAGGAAGGCAUAUCACUUUUAUUCUUCUCCUAACAAUACAUUUUGCAGAUGUCGCAAUGUAGUGUUUGUCUGAGUCUGUUUUCUCUUCAGCCUUUUUAUUGCCGAGUCCAAUGUAUAAUUUCUGAGCUAUAAAAUGUCAGAAUUCACUUGUACUGCUUUUG